AUGGAAGAACCAGAGGUCGGUGCUACAUUAUCGGAUUUCUUCAUAGGACACAUCAGGGCAAGCACAGAAUCUGAAACAGAAUGGUCAAUCAAGGUAACCAUAAAUGAUGUCGAUGUCAAUUGUCUUAUAGACACCGGGAGCGGUGUAGAUGUAAUGAAUAUAGAAGAUUACAACAGUCUCAACCUCAAGACAAAGUUAGACAAGUCUCAGACAAGGAUUACAGCGUAUGGCUGUCUACCGGGCGAGUGCACCAUAACAGUCGAUCCAAAUGUGCCGCCCAGAGUAGAUGCGCCUAGAAAGGUGCCAUUCGCACUGUAUCCCAAACUCCAACAGGAAUUGGAUAAGAUGGAGCAGAUGGAUGUCAUCGCCAAAGUCACAGAGCCAACUAAAUGGUUAGAAAAUUUUAUUUUUGCAUCCAGUUGCCUCGCCGCAGUUAGUGCUGCGGCCAGAAACACAACGGGAAGAUCGUUUUCUUCUGAGUUCUUCUUCGGUACCGCCACCGCGUCCUAUCAGAUAGAAGGAGCAUGGGACGUCGAUGGUAAAGGCUGGUCAAUAUGGGAUUAUUUGGCACGCACUGAUCCAGAUCAUAUAGCUGAUAGCAGCAAUGGAGAUAUUGCUGCCAAUUCGUAUUAUAUCUAUAGAAGGGAUAUCGAAAUGCUGAAAGAAUUAGGAGUUACGCACUACAGAUUUUCCAUAUCAUGGCCGAGAAUUCUUCCCUACGGCCGCGCAAACUACAUAAACCAACGCGGCAUCGACCAUUACAACGAAUUCAUCGAUGAGCUAAUAGCCAAUGGUAUCACCCCUUUCGCAACCAUGUAUCACUGGGACUUACCUCAAAAUCUACAAGAGCUUGGUGGCUGGCUGAAUGAGGAGAUAGUUGAUUGGUUCGGCGACUACGCUCGAGUUUUAUAUCAGAAUUUCGGGGAUCGUGUUAAGAAUUGGUUGACUAUGAACGAACCGCAUAUUCACUGCCAUUUCGGAUACGGUUAUAGCAUACAUGCUCCUAGAAUUCACUCCCCUGGUAUUGGUUACUAUGAGUGCGGAAGACAUAUUUUACUUGCAAACGCGAGGGCGUACCAUAUUUACGAUGAUGAGUUCAGAAGUGUGCAAGGAGGCCAGCUGGGUAUUGUUAUCAGCUCUGAAUAUUUGUAUCCUGCAUCAGAUUCGGAAGACGAUAUUGAGGCUACUAGAGAUUCCUUCGAAUUCCAUUUAGGCCAAUAUAUGCAUCCAAUUUUCUCGGAGACUGGAAACUACCCUCAAGUUAUGAUAGACCGUGUGGCAGCAGCCAGUCUUGCCCAAGGCUAUACUUCUUCAAGACUUCGUGAUUUCUCUCAAGAACAAAUAGAAUAUAUCAAAGGCACUUCGGAUUUCUUAGGACUGAACCAUUAUUCCACAAGAAUUGUCUACAGGAACAGCUCUCUCAUUGGAAUGUUUGAGAUUCCGUCACAUGAAGAUGAUGCUUUUGCGGAUUCAUUUCAGGAUGAGUCUUGGCCAUCAUCAGAGGCAGCUUGGAUCAGGGAACACGGCCCUGGAUUAUACUCUCUCCUUGUUCACAUCAAGGAUACAUACAACAACCCUCUCGUCUACAUAACUGAAAACGGAGUAUCUACCACAACUGGUCUCAACGACCACAUCAGGGUGUCUUACUACAGGAGCUAUCUAAACGCAGUACUCGACGCCAUAGCUGAAGGAUGUGACGUUCAAGGUUACUUUGCUUGGAGUUUGAUGGACAAUUUCGAAUGGGCUUUUGGUUACACACAACGCUUCGGCCUCUACGAAGUGGACUUUGAAGACCCAGAGCGGACCAGAACCCCCCGAAAAUCGGCGCUAGUAUACAAAGAGAUCGUACGCAGCCGUACGAUUGACUACGACUACGAUCCCGAUCCUUACGCUAGCAGUGGUAGCAGUGCGUACGCAUCAAGCGCUUGGCUACUUUCAAUUGUUUUGGCUAUUGUAAAUGUUUCAGUUCGACUGUGAAGCCUUCAAGGAAGUGAAAAACAGUAAAGUAUUUAUUAAUUUGUAAACUGUGUACAUAAGAUGUCAUAUACAGGAGAUAUCGAAUCAACAGUUGCCCAUUUCGAGCAUACAAUAUUGAUCUUACAAUGAUCAUUUUGUUUAACGCCACAAAUCACACAAAUGUAGUGUAAGUCGUUCAACGUUGUUCAAUUGAUCCAAUACGAUAGCAGUGACAGUGCGUAUGUAGCAUUGUUGUGCCUAUUGUAAAUGUUUUAGUUCAACUGUGAAACCUUCAAAGAAAGUUGUGAAAGACAUUUUGUUUACCGCCACAAUUGUAGUGUAUAAAGCCGUUCGAAGUUGUACAAUUGAUUAUUGAUCCAAUAUGAUAGCAGUGACAGUGCGUAUGUAACAUUGUCUUGGCUUGUUUCAGUAAGUACUUAACUGUACUUAAAUGAUUAAAAAAGAAAGUUGUUGCAGAAAUUUUCAUGAAGGCACAAAUCUAGUGUAAAAAAUUAUCGCCCGAAGCGUCGACAACGAUAGUAAUCCCGGUAUAGCUUGUAGGUACUGUUGUCAAUGUUUUUGUUUUAUGGUAUAAAGGCUUUAUCAAUAAGAUAAGGUUUACUCGGGUAAUUCCGAAUGUCGAA